UAUUUGUUUUGUCGUAGUUUUAUUAUGGCGUCCACUUUGGCUCCUGUGACAGCAGAAAGCCGGCCGGCGUUCUCCAUCGAGCGGAUUCUGGGGUCGGAGCUGGAAAGACCUGGAAGCUGCCUGAAGCUCCACCGACCCUGGACAGAGAUCAGAGCGGAGGACAACAGAGGAAACAGUAUCUUCUCUAAACAACAACUUUGUUAUCAACAUCAUCACCUGCUGAGCCCCCCCCGCCCGCCGUCCAGCUGGUACAUCGGACGCAGACCACGCACCGCCUUCACCAACAGCCAGGUGAAUGUUCUGGAGACAGUGUUUCAGGUGAACUGUUAUCCAGGUAUCCAGCUGAGGGAGCAGCUGGCCGGGAGACUGGACCUGGACGAGGACAGAAUUCAGAUCUGGUUUCAGAACCGGCGAGCCAAGCUGAGGCGUUCCCUCCGAGAAACCCGUCUGCAGCUGGUUCAGACGGCCGUGGCCGACCUCGGGGUCAUAGGUCAACUGAAGGCCGAGCGGGACGUGCGAGGUGACCUGGCGCUCGCCCGGCGGCUCGUGUCUCGUCUGCAGCUCGAGGUGCAGGAAGAGGAGGAGGGGUGCCGGUGACCGCCCUGUUUACCUUUAUUCAUCUUCUGAUUCCUUCUUUCACACGUCAUGUAAAAACAAAUGGGGACACAUUUACGUCCCACUUUGUUCGACUCAGUAACGUUUCAUCUGCUCUGGAUCCGUUCGUCGUCUUCACAUG